AUGUCUGCAGUCAGCAGUCGUAACCAGAAAAUGGAACAACAGCGCCUGCUAAUGGAAGCGUACAUACGACAAAAGCGCGCCUCGCCGGGCAUGGUGCAGGCAAGUGACUUACAAAUAACCCGUCCCAUGUCGGGGCUGCGCACAUCAACGGCCACUGGCCGCGAGCUGCAUGCCUACGAUGGUCCAAUGCAAUUCAUCAGUUCGCCCCACAAUCCCGAUCAAUUAUUAAGUAACACCACCGGCAUCACAGCUACGAAUACGAACGCGACCACCGUCAACGYCAGCCACAAUGCGACCACCCCGAAUGGUCGUCAGCAUGGUGUCAGCUUUACGAACAAUAUGCGCCCGCGGACAGCCCAGAUGACAGGACAUAUCAUCAAUCAGGAUGAUUUAAUCGAAGAGAUUUCCUCACACGAACUCGAAGAUGASGAAAGCAGUCCCGUCAAUCAUGUCAGCAGCAAUGGUCAACGACAAAAGCAACGCCAACAACAACAACUACAACAACAUCAACAACGCUCAUAUAGUCACGAACAGGAUAGCAGCACAUUGGACGAAGAUGAUUAUGUGAAUCGGAAUAUCGAGGAAGCGGCACCCGUCAUGCCAUUGAAUCACAGCAUCGCCAAUAGUAUCGCAUCACAAACCAACACCACCACCAAUUCGGCCGUCGGUGCACGCAGCACUUCGGCGCACUCGACAGGCGCCGGUUCGGCUAAUAACACUGCCAACUAUUCGAACAGUGCGCAGCAAACCAAUUCGUCAGCGGACGGCAGCGGCGACCCGGAGGGUGAUCUUGUCGGCAACAUCGAACAGUUCGUCAUGCAGCCAGCGUCGCAGGGUGUACUUUUCAAAUGUCGCAUAACGCGUGAUCGCAAAGGCAUGGAUCGUGGCCUAUUUCCGAUCUAUUAUUUGCAUUUAGARCGCGAUUACGGCAAGAAAAUAUUUCUCUUGGGCGGACGCAAGCGAAAGAAGAGCAAAACAUCCAAUUAUAUUAUCAGCUGCGAUCCUACGGACUUGUCACGUAACGCCGAGGGUUUUUGUGGAAAGUUGCGUUCAAAUGUGUUCGGUACCUCCUUUACCGUAUUCGAUAAUGGCAACAAGGAUAGCACGGAAAAUCCACGACUCGAUUUGGCGGUUAUUAUCUAUGACACCAAUAUCCUCGGUUUCAAAGGUCCACGCAAUAUGACCGUGAUACUGCCCGGCAUGACGGAGGAAGAUCAACGCGUCAAAAUUAGCUCCGCCGAUCCCAAACAACAGGGUAUACUAGACUUAUGGAAAGUUAAGAACAUGGACACAAUCGUUGAGCUGCACAACAAGACACCCGUAUGGAACGAUGAGACACAAUCKUAUGUCUUAAAUUUUCACGGGCGCGUCACACAAGCAUCAGUUAAGAAUUUCCAACUCGUACACGAUUCGGAUCCGGAUUAUAUAGUCAUGCAGUUCGGGCGCACCUCCGAAGACGUCUUCACCAUGGACUAUCGCUAUCCACUGUGCGCACUGCAAGCGUUCGCCAUAGCUUUGAGCAGUUUCGAUGGUAAAAUCGCGUGCGAGUAGAAGAGCGAAACAGGCUGAGCAUAAAACAGUGGAGUGACAGUUCUGCGCAUGCGUAUGCUAARGCAAAAUUAUGCUCAAAUUUAUAAGCGUUCAGCAAUAACUAUAGUAUUUUAUGUAAAUGUAAAUGUAAAAUCAAAGAAACUUAGCACAAAAGAGUACGGUCAAAAUCAAAAAAGUGCAUGAACUCAAAAACAAACGGUUGCCUUAGAUGAGAGCGUUCGCAAGGCGCGCUAGAAWAAUACCCACAAUUGUAUGUAUUUAUGUGGUGGGUCUGUACAUGCACUGACUUGAUUAACACUAAUAUUUUUUUUAUAAAGCAAUUAAGAGUACAAGUGAGUGUUAGCAUAUACACACCAAAAAACAUUUAUAUAUAGGUGGCAUAUAAACAAUUGGAAAAACAUCAAAAAUACAAUGAAAACUGUUUGACAGACUAACGGACAUAAUUUGUUUAGUUCUGAAAUUGAGUUUGACGAAGCAAAAUUUUCAAAAAUAAUUUUUCGCAUCACUAAUAUUAAAGCACAUUUAAGUUUGCCUUAGUCUUUCUACACAAAAUACUCAGCAAGAAUUCCAUACAAGACUACUAACUUAUAUAUUGGGUWGUCGAAAAAGUCUUUUCAUAUUUUGUAUUAUAUCGAUCUGUGAUUMUUUGCUGAAACGAAAUGAAAUUGAACCAUUUCUGAAGCGAAUGGUAACAGAGGAGAUGAAAAAUGGAUAAAAUKCAAUAAUAAUGUGCGAAACAGAUCAUGGUCCAAGCGUGGUGAAGCUCUCAAAGCCAUAAUUGACGCCUCAAAAGAUUAAGCUGAGUGUUUGGUGGGAUUGGGAAGUAAUCAUCCAGUAUGAGCUGCUCCAGCCUGGUCGCACGAUUGAUUCUACAUUUUACUGUCAACAACUGAAGAGAUUGAAGUAAGCAAUCGAAAAAAUAAAACGGCCAGAACUGUCCAUCAAGACAACGCUAGACCCAUACACAUCUUUUAUGAYUCGGCAAAAACGGGGAGAGCUUGGCUAUGAAGUUCUGAUGCAUCCACCAUAUACCCCUGACCUUGCAACAACGGACUACCGUUUGUUUCGGUUAAGGCCGAACUCCCUUAAUGAAGUAAAAUUGCUUUCAAGAGAAGCCUGUGAAAAUUAUUUGUCGCAGUUUUUCGCCGAGAAACCAGAARARUUUUACACGACAUGACAUGGACUAAUGUCUCUAGCGGAAAAAAGCAAAAAGUGGUCGACCAAAAUGGUACAUAUUUGUUUCAUUGCAAAUAUAAAAAAUAAGUUGAAGUGUGUUUAGAAAUAGGAACAAACUUUUUCGACUACCCAAUAUAUGUUUUCGAUAUACACAGUCCGGUUGUCUCUCAGUUUUUAAGAUAUCGAUCUGAAAUUUUGCACACGCCCUUUUCUCUCCAAGAAGCUGCUCAUUUGUCG